AUGGGCUUUCUUUCAGCUUUCAGUGCAGCAGCUGACAGCGCAGCCAAGUAUUUUUCCGAGAGUCUAGUGUGCAGGGUUCUGUCCAAUGUCGAGGAGAAGAGAGCUGCAGUGAAGCAGGAAGCACACAAAGAACAGCAAAGUGAGGACACAGCCGUCACGUCUUUCCAAAGCAGAUCGGUGCGUGAGCUAUUGAUUCUACCGCGUCGUCGUUGCUUCUUAUCUUUGGCGACAUUCGUAGAGGUGCAUGGAUCUUUCUUUCAGCUUUCAGAGAAGAGAGCUGGAGUGAAGCAGGAAGCAUGCAAAGAACAGCAAAGUGAGGAGAAGAGAGCUGGAGUGAAGCAGGAAGCGCACAAAGAACAGGAGAGUGAGGAGAAGCCAAGGAAGGCUGAGCACGAAGAGGCCAAAAGGAUGGAGCAGGCAAGCAAGCGCGCGACAGAGGAGCGGCAAUGGCCGGAGAGGAAGUUGAAGGAAACUGGAGCUGAGAAGGAAAUGGUCGAGAAGUCCAAGGAGCCAUGCGAAGGUCAGUCGCUACGCCCCACAGGGUCGAAGACUUCGAAGGCGCCCAAAGCAAAAUCAAAAGCCAAAGGUCGUGCCCAUGCCAAAGUGGCGGAGAAGGGCGGACAGGUCGUCACAUCUUCAAAGUCCAGCCGGGAAGAGGUGCAGCCACAAUCGCCCAUACAGCGGCUGCCAAGUCCUCAGUAA